AUGUCUAGGUUUAGGAAGGCGAACAAAGUGGACAGUCUGGCGGGUUUUCGGACGGAGAAGACCGAACCAACUGUCCCUUCUGGUUUAUUGAAGACAGCCAGGAAAAGCGGUCAGCUCAACCUGUCCGGCCGGGGACUGACGGAAGUCCCUCAGAGCGUUUAUCGGCUCAACACGGACACACCGGAGGAAGCCCAGCAGGACAUUUCCUUUGGAGGAUCAGAUCGCUGGUGGGAACAGACUGACCUCACUAAACUUUUACUGUCGUCCAAUCAGCUGAGUCAUCUGUCUGAUGACAUCAGACUGUUACCUGGACUCAUCACCCUAGAUCUUCAUGACAACCAGCUGAGGAGUUUGCCUGCAGCUCUGGGAGAAGAGCAGCAGCUGCAGCAGCUUCACCUCAGCCACAAUCAGCUGUCAUCACUUCCUGUGGAAUUGUUUACACUGAAGAAUCUCCAUUGCCUUACCCUGCAGCAGAACCUUCUGGAGAACCUCCCAGAGGAGCUGGGACAACUGCAGAGUCUGACAGAGCUGGACGUGUCCAACAAUCAGCUGUCAGCUUUGCCCUCCAGUAUCGGCUGUCUCACAAAGCUGCAGAAAGUGAACCUCAGUCACAACAAGCUUCAGUCUCUGCCGGACAGCAUGCACCACCUUACAGACGUUAAAGUUCUGGAGUGCAGCAAUAACCAGCUGUCCGAUAUCCCUGCCAGCCUAUCAGGGAUGGUUUCUUUGCAGCAGCUUUAUCUCCGACACAACAAGCUGUGCCGACUGCCACCCCUCCCUGGUACCGCACUUAAAGAGCUGUAUGUUGGGAACAACCAAAUAGAGCUGUUGGAGAGAGAGCAGCUCGUCAGCUUUACGCUCAUAUCUCUUCUAGAACUGAGAGACAAUAAGAUCAGAACCCUUCCAGAACAGUUCCCUGUGCUGGCAGAACUGACACGCCUCGACCUGACCAACAACGACAUCAGCGUGCUUCCAGCUUCACUCAGCCUGUUGCCCAACCUGAAGGUGUUGCUGCUGGAGGGAAACCCUCUCCGAGGAAUCAGGAGAGACCUUCUAUCUAAAGGAACCAAAGAGGUGCUGACAUAUCUCAGAGGAAGAAUUCAAGAGGAGCCUGAGGAAACAGAGGAAAACUCAAAUGUUAUGAUGUUACCUUCCCUGGCUAGAGUCAAUACUCAUAACAUCAAAUCUCUGAAGGUGUUGGAGUUCAGUGGCAAACAGGCCGAUGUUAUUCCAGAGGAGCUGUUUGACGCUGCAGCAAAUCAAGACAUAAUCACCGUCAACUUCAGCAGGAACGCACUAAAUUCCACGCCUUCUAGACUGCUGGAACUUCAUUCAUCAGUGUCGGAUCUCAACCUGGGUUUUAACAAACUCACCAGCUGUUCUGACCUCUGCAAGUUACUGCAACUCACACACAUCGACCUCAGGAAUAACCAGCUGAGUGAUUUACCACCUGAAAUCAAGAACCUCACUAAGCUACGUUCUGUUAUCCUCAAUUACAACAGGUUCAAGUCCUUUCCUCAAGUCCUGUAUGAAGUCCUGUCCCUGGAAACGGUACUGCUGGGAAAUAACCAGGUGUGUGGGGUGGAUCCUGGACGUCUGAUAAAACUGGUUCAUCUGACAACCCUGGAUCUGUCCAACAACGACCUGCUGAACAUCCCUCCAGAACUGGGCCUGUGUACCAGCCUCAGGUGCCUGAGUCUGGAGGGGAACCCUUUCCGAACUCCCAGAGCAGCAAUAGUGGCCAAAGGAACUGAUGCAGUGUUGGAGUACCUGCGCAGCCGCAUACCUGCUUGA